CCGGGGGCGGAGCGGCUGACGCGCCGGGCCGGGGCUAUAAAGCACCUGCCGGGCUCCCGCCGGCUCCAGACGCAGCGCGGCGGCUCCGCUGGAACAGCCGGGACGCGAGGAAAAGGAGGAAAAGCCCGGGAGGAGCCCCAAAGCUGCCAGCGCAGAGCCGCGGUCAUGGGCAGCUACACCGCCGUGCUGCUGGCGCUCGCCCUCUGCGCCCUGCUGGAAGCCGGCCUGGGCCAUCCCCCGCCCGAGUCGCACCUGGCCGCGCCGCCGAGGAGCAAGCGAUGUUCCUGCAACAGCUGGCUGGAUAAGGAAUGCAUCUACUUCUGUCACCUGGACAUCAUCUGGGUCAACACACCUGGGCAUACCGCUCCCUACGGCUUGGGCAGCCCGCCAAGGCGGCGCAAGAGGUCGGCGGGCAGGUGCCAGUGCUGGCGCUCCAGGGACAGCACCUGUGCCACCUUCUGCCAGGGCAGGCCUGGGUACCUCCAGAGUCUGAAGCUCCCCGUGAGCUCUGGAGCAUCAGCGAGGUCUCCGCAGAGCGCUGCCACGAGGCCUCCCCAUCAUGGGCUGCUGAGAGCUCUCAGGGACCUCAGGGUGCCCAGCCCGCGCUCCGGCAAACGCCAGCAGCGCUCCCGGAGGGACACACGGCCACCCGCUCUGCCCUGGGAGAAAAACAUCUGGAAGAAGAAGAGAUAAAGACAGGUGCACACCGAGCUCACCAGAAGAAUUUGGAGUCCUGUGGGUGCCUCCAGCUCCGCUGUUGGUUGCUAGAGCUGAAGGAAGGCUGUGAGUGGAAGGGGAGGAAGUGGAAGUCUCCGUGUUCCUGCUGCAUCAACCGGCACUCAAGGGACUGCUGUCAAGGGAAAGAACUGUCUCUCCACACAGUCAGAGAAGUGUCCUGGAGCUGAAUUGUGCCUUUUUGGAUCAGGCAAGGCUCGUGCUGGAGCAGCACCAGCUGGACUGUGCCCUGGAGCCCUGGGCAGGGGCUGAGCCCACGUGUGGUGGGUGAAUCACAGCCAGGGGUUCUGGGCAGGGCUGGGCCAGGCAGCACCGAGCCCGUCCCUGGCCGAGGCUGCUCUGCCCCGGAGCUGAGCUGGGCCCAGCCCGCUGCACUGGGGUUUGGCUGCUCUCUGCAGGCAGGGGUGAGCUUGGCACUGUUUUCUCUUGUCACUCAGUGCCUGUGGAUGAGGCUCCCGUGGGGGAACAGCGCCCAGUUUGUGUUAAAAGUUUAUUUCAUCAUUACCUGGAGCCAGCUGGGCAGUCAGGGGCUGAGAAAUCACUGGGGUGGAUCUUCUGGCUGUAGUUGAGCAUCGGUGACCCCAAGGAUGCCCAGGUGUGGCUGCUGUGGGGCUGGGUUUGUGCCCCCAUAGCGAGGGGAGGGUGAGCAGAGCCCUGGUCUGGGUCAGUGACCCCGUCGCAUCUCCCUGGACACACCCUCAGUGAGGACUUCCAGCUCCUGAAUAUCCCAGAUUUCCCCCAGCUCUGCCUGGAGAGAAAGGCUGGGGCAGAGCUGGGGUGGUGGGGAGAGGGCACACAAAGCCUGACUUGCUGCUUGGCUUAGGCCAGCUCUGAGCUGGGCUCUGGACAGUAAAUGACCACUCAGGGGGGCAGGGGAAGGGGAGCCUGGGUGGGGAAUGCAUCAGGUGAGGGGCAGCCAGGUGGGAAUGGUGUGGAGGGAAGGACUGGUUGGACCUGGAUCAUCUUUAGGGUCCCUUCCAACCCAACCCCUGUGAUCCUGUAAGGGAGCACAGCCCUGUCUGAGCUUAGGCUCAGGUUUAAACCCAGAUCCGCUGGCCCAGGGGAGGGAAGGAAAAAUUUGGGAAAAGCACUGAGCCCAGUGCCCAGAAACCAACCCAAGGCAGGCCCAGGGCUCCGGAGCUGUGUCACAAAUGCACUUUUGUUUGUUUGCCUGGGCAGACUGAGCUCUGCGGGGAGCCAGGGCUGCCCCCCGGGCAGGGCAGGUAAAGAACUGCUCCCCACUCUGGGUCCCUCUGCUGCCCACGCCAGCGUCGCACAGGAGCUUUGGGAAGGCUGCUUGAAGAUGGUGGUGGACCAAAAUCUGUGGCUGUUGCAAGGGUAGUCCCGAUGGACAAGAAAAAUAAUUCCUUGAUUUUGCUUUAAGCCCUGGAGAGGGGGAAAAUAAGACCAAUUGAUUGUGUUGUGAAUGAAACAGCAAAUUAAUCAUUUGGUCCCCAAAGCUGCAGAGAAUCUGUUCUUAUCUUUGACCUUCUGAAGGUUGGAGUCACUCUAAAAAAACCAAAAGAAGAAAACCCUGAAAGGGUUUGUUCCAGAGGAAAUUUUGCACAUGGUUUAAUGUGAGUAAUUUAAAAUAAAACUACUGCUGUAAAGUACUCUGUCAAUCUCCUCGUGUGUGGAAUGUCCCGUCCUUAAGUGACUUACUGCACACCUGCCAUAUGUAGCAUCCUGAAAUCUGUAUAUUUAUUUAAAUCUAUUGAUUAUUUUUUAGACAGUAAUAUUCAAUUUAUAAUUUGUAAUAAAUAAUGACAACAGUCA